CGACUUGCAUUUUGGCUGCUUUGCACGCAGGGUUCCUGAUAUAACACGUGGGAACCCGAGGAGAACAUCCUGGAUCCCCGGCUGCUGAUCGCCUUCCAGAACAGGGAACGGCAGGAGCAGUUGAUGGGAUAUCGGAAGAGAGGGCCGAAGCCCAAACCGCUGGUGGUGCAGGUGCCUACCUUUGCCCGUCGCUCCAAUGUACUGACCGGACUCCAGGACUCCUCCGCGGACAGCCGCGCCAAGCUGGAGCUGGGCGCGCAGGGCAAGGGCCAGGGGCACCAGUACGAGCUCAACAGCAAGAAGCAUCACCAGUACCAGCCGCACAGCAAGGAGCGGGCGGGCAAGCCCCCACCGCCGGGCAAGAGCGGCAAAUACUACUACCAGCUCAACAGCAAGAAGCACCACCCGUACCAGCCCGACCCCAAGAUGUACGACCUGCAGUACCAGGGCGGCCACAAGGAGGCGCCCAGCCCCACCUGCCCGGACCUGGGCGCCAAGAGCCACCAGCCCGACAAGUGGGCCCACGGUGCGGGGGCCAAGGGCUACCUGGGAGCGGUGAAACCCCUGGCCGGAGCGGCCGGAGCUCCGGGAAAGGGCUCCGAGAAGGGCCCCCCCAACGGGAUGACACCGGCCCCCAAGGAGGCGGUGACGGGCAACGGGAUUGGGGGCAAGAUGAAGAUCGUCAAGAACAAGAACAAAAACGGGCGCAUCGUGAUCGUGAUGAGCAAGUACAUGGAGAACGGCAUGCAGGCGGUGAAGAUCAAAUCCGGAGAGGCGGCCGAGGGCGAGGCGCGCUCCCCCAGCCACAAGAAGCGGGCCCCCGAGGAGCGCCACCCCCCGGCCGACAGGACUUUGAAGAAGGCGGCAGGUGCAGAGGAGAAGAAGCCCGAGGCGCCCUCCAAGAGGAGGGACGAGGAGGUGCCGGGGGCCGGUGACCCGCUGCCGCAGGACGCGGGCGCCCGCAAGCUCUCCCCGCCCAAGGAGGCCUUCAGCGAGCAGCCCCUGCAGCUCACCACCAAGCCCGACCUGCUGGCCUGGGACCCGGCAAGCCAUCUCUUUGUGUCGUCCAUGCCUUACGAGGCGGGUAUGCGAAUUCCCACGUUAAAUGGAUUGCGGGCAAAGGAAGAGACCAACUUGUGA